GGAUUUUGGGAAGCCGUGCCUGUCGUGUGAGGGUUGCGCCACUGGCUCGGAUGCGCCGAGAGCGAAUAGGCGGGGCAGUGUGGCUCAGCGGCGUCCGCUCCCUGCGGAUCUCUGAGACGCCUGCAGAUGUUUGACAGCGCAGAGAAAAGGGCCAGACAAGAGCAGGAAACACCGGGACUUUGGAGUAUAGCGGGCACUUGGCUUAAGGGUCUCGUUCAGCGGGGGGUGGCGUGGGGUCGCAGACGGUCGAGGCGCAAACUGAAGCCGCGAGUUGCCGUAUGGGGACGAUGCAGUGAGCAGCCGGGCUCUUGGAGAGUUAGGGGGCCUAGGGAAUGGUUGGAUGGUGUUGCCGGUGAGGCUCGCGGUGCUGACUUCUUCGGAAGGUGUGGAGAUGGGCGCGCAAGUCGAUAUGUAUACAGGGCCUGACCCAGCCGCGCGACCGCGAUGCGUAAGAAGCGAUCAACGCGCCGUCGGGGACGCCUGGCUUGCCAGGAGCUGGGCCGCAUCUCCAGGAGGCUUCCGCCAUAACGGCGCUUGCGCCCGAGUGGGCCGCGUUGGGGCUGCGAGGGAAAAGGACAGAAGCCGGCAGCACGACGCUGAGGGACCACUCGUGGGCGGGCGUUGGGCGGGCGUAAGGCGAUUCGCAGACACCAGCCCAGUGGAGCCGGCGAGAGCGGUCCAUGCACGAGGGCGCUCCCGUUAUUCGUGGAGGGCUGCAGGUGGGAUGCAGGAGGGCAUGAUCAGACGAGAGCCCCGUUGGCUGUCGCCGCGUCGCUCGCCAUGGCCCUGCCUCUUGCGCGCAGCAAAUUCAUGCUCGUCUUCUGAUGAUCGACCCCCAGAGACGAGUCAAAACCAUCGAGGGCGCUCACCACAAGACACGCCGCUGCUGAGAGAGCGCCUUUGCUUCAACCGGCUGGCGCAAGCUAAAUCGAGCAGCGAGGACGAUGAAAAGGACCUAGCAACCAACAUCAGACCGCAUCCUUCCGAGCUGGGUCCGAAACCAGACCAUGGGCAUGAUAGGCUGUAUGCGCCUCUCCCCAAACGGCCGCAGGAGGUGUCGACGCCUCACGAUGCGGCCGUCAUCGGCCUGCAGAAGCAAAGACGCGCAAGUGCAGUCCAAUCCUGCCAUGGACGACGGUCUGCCUUAAAUCGCCGCAAUCGCAUGCACGACAAGAACCAGUGA